AUGCAGGCCAAGAGGCGCCCGACAGCCCCGCAGCAGGCCGCCACACAGCAGGGACACCAGAGCGUUUGCGCGGGAGAGCGGUGGGAACGCGAGGGAGCGAGCAGUGCCGUGCCGCGGGACCAGCGGCGCAUGUAUGGCCACAGCGACGUCCGGUUGGUUGACCUGGAGAGUGGCAAGGUUGAGACGCGCACUCCCAUGGACGCCAAGUGGUUUGGGGAGGGCCUGGUCAAAGUGGGGGACCUCCUGUACCAGAUCACCUGGCAGGGGCCGACGGGGUUCAUCUACUCCGCCAAAGACCUGAAGCAGGUGAACGCGCUGGGCGGGCGGGGGUGGGCACGGGUGCGCGAGUGA